AUUCGAAUUAAUCUAAAUUAAUUAGAAUUAAGUUUGGCGCAUUAUAAAAAGACGAACGAAUUUGUCUUUCACAUCAAUUGAAGCUAUGAUGUCGAAAAUAUCAAUUGCUUUAUUUGCUGCUGUUGUAGUUUGUCAGGUUUAUGCUUCACCUGAAGCACAAAACUGGGGUCCACCGCCAUUCGGAGCUCCACGAGGAUUCGGACCACCACCACCACCACCAUUCUUCGGCGGUUCAGGACAAUCACCAAAUUGUAAUCCACUUCCUCCAUCACCACCAAGUCCUCCACCUGGACCGCCACCAGUUUUAGAUGCUGGUGGUUGCAUACCGAACCCUGCCGCCAACGAAGCACUUCUCCGUAAAGUAUACAGCGAAGUGUUCAGCCAGAAAAAUGUUAGCAACAUCGACAAGUACUAUGCUCUCAAUCACAUUGAACACAAUCCAUUCGAUAGAGACGGUCGCGACCAGGUUGUAGAGCUUGUAACAACUGGCACUUUGGGCGGGCCACCGGUAAAUGUGGAAAUUCAACGAAUGAUUUCGGCAGGAGACUUUGUUUGGGUCCACAGCAAAUUCCCAAUCACUAGAUUGGGCAGCGUAUUCGCCAUUGUGGACAUUUUCCGAUUUGAAUGUGGCAUUAUUCACGAACAUUGGGACGUGCUUCAAGAUACCAUCAACUUGCCGGGACCUGUCGUCAGCACUCAUCCAUUCUUUUAAAAUGA